CUUCGUAGUUUGUUCUUAUUCUGUAUUUGUGAGAUUUUAAGAUGACUGGUCGUGGAAAGGGAGGAAAAGGAUUGGGAAAGGGAGGAGCAAAGCGUCAUAGAAAAGUACUUCGUGAUAACAUCCAAGGUAUCACAAAACCAGCAAUUCGUCGAUUGGCUCGUCGUGGCGGUGUUAAACGUAUAUCUGGUUUAAUUUAUGAAGAAACUCGCGGUGUUUUGAAAGUUUUCUUAGAAAAUGUUAUCCGCGAUGCAGUUACUUACACCGAACACGCUAAACGGAAAACUGUAACGGCUAUGGAUGUCGUUUAUGCUCUGAAAAGGCAAGGACGUACUCUUUAUGGUUUUGGAGGUUAAAAUGGAGGAUCAUUGUUUUCAUCAACGAUCAGCAAAAACGGCCCUUCUCAGGGCCACAAUUUUCUUUCAACUUGAGAACACUCGCUUGUUCAAUUCAAUUUAAAAUAUUUUUUUAUCUAUAUUAUAUUCUAAAUGUGUUAAAUAAAGUCAUAUUUUGUGUUA